AUGUCGCUUGACAUUAAGAGACCUAUCAGCAACAAGACGAAGAAGAAGAAGACAGGGUUCAUCUUCCAAAUGCAGCUUAAUCACAACAACAGAGAAGGAAACAACAAAAGAAACAUGUUCAUUGUCUUCUUCAGACAUUAUUACAGAUGGAUCCUCUGGUUUUUCCUCUCCCUCUAUCUCUUCACAUCUUACUUCACCGGAGACCAACCCUCUCCAUCCACAACAACAACUAGUCUCAUCUCUAACCUCAAAACGUCGUCGUCUCUCCCAUCUCACGCCCUCAUCGAAUCGUCCGCCAUUCUCAAACCAUCUCACACGUCUAUAUUCAACGGAAUGAAGAUUUACGUAUACGACUUACCCGCGAGAUACAACUCCGACUGGGUCACGGCUUCAGACCGGUGCGCUAGUCACCUCUUCGCGGCGGAGGUGGCGAUUCACCGUGCCCUUCUCUCCGACUUCUCUGUUCGUACGUUAGAACCAGAAGAAGCUGACUUUUUCUUUGUCCCUGUAUACGUCUCUUGCAACUUCUCAACCUCCAACGGCUUCCCUUCUCUGAGCCACGCUCGCUCCCUCAUCAGCUCAGCCGUUGAUUUCGUCUCGGGCAGGUACUCGUUUUGGAACAGAACACGAGGCUCCGACCACGUGUUCGUCGCUUCUCAUGACUUCGGUGCUUGUUUUCAUGCGAUGGAGGAUAUGGCGAUUGAACAAGGCAUUCCCGAAUUUAUGAAGAAGUCGAUAAUUUUGCAAACGUUUGGAGUAAACUACAAGCAUCCAUGUCAAGAAGCAGAGCACGUGGUGAUCCCACCGUAUGUUCCGCCGGAGAGUGUACAGAUAGCAAUAGACAGAGCUCCGGCGAAGGGACGCCGAGACAUAUGGGCGUUUUUCCGGGGAAAGAUGGAAGUCAACCCUAAAAAUAUAAACGGACGUUAUUACAGCAAGGGAGUGAGAACGGCGAUUUUGAAGAAAUACGGCGGAAGAAGACGGUUUCAUCUUAACCGGCACCGGUUUGCUGGAUACCGGUCUGAGAUCUUGCGGUCUGUGUUUUGUCUGUGUCCUCUCGGGUGGGCUCCAUGGAGUCCAAGGCUAGUGGAAUCAGCUGUAUUAGGUUGUGUCCCCGUGGUUAUAGCCGAUGGGAUUAAGUUACCUUUCUCGGAGACUGUACGGUGGCCGGAGAUAUCUCUCACGGUGGCGGAGAAAGACGUCAAGAAUUUAAGGAAGAUUUUGGAACACGUGACGGCGACUAAUUUGUCAAUGAUACAGCGAAACUUACGUGAGCCGGCGUUUAAGCGGGCCCUCUUGUACAAUGUCCCGAUGAUGGAAGGAGAUGCUACGUGGCAUAUUCUCGAUGCGUUGUCGAGGAAGCUAGAUCGAUCUUACAGAAGGUCAAGGGUUUUGAGCCAAUAAAGAGUUGACACGUAAGAUGCUGUCUCCAAAUGGAUGCUAGGCUGGAUUUGUUUGGACUAUUGGAAACUGGAAUAUCUAAGUGUGGGGUCCAUAAUGUGAGAGGUUUAACUCAGAACGUGAGUUGUCUGCUUAGCUGGCUAUCACUGAGUGGUUUAACACGUGGAUCAGGGAUGUGAAAGUGUAAAGUAUGCUGAUGUGUUAUUCUUUUGUAUGAGUAGGCAUAUGAUUCUUUGAAUAUAACUUAUAGAUAGAAAUGCAUGCAGG